AUGAUACACAAACAUGCUUUCGAGGCUCUUGAUCGUACAAUGAAGGAUGUUUUGAGUGUUUUUGAUUCACGAAAUUCAGAACUUCCAUUUGGUGGGAAAACUAUUGUAUUUGGUGGUGACUUUAGACAAAUCCUACCUGUUGUACAAAAUGGAAGCAGGCAAGAUAUCGUAAACGCCUCAUUAUGUUCAUCCCACAUCUGGUCCAGUUGCAAGGUGUUGAAAUUGACAACCAACAUGCGUUUGUCGGUUGGAUCAAGUAGCUCAAACGUUGUGGAGAUAAACAAAUUUGGUAAAUGGCUUCUUGACAUCGGCGAAGGUAAUGUUGGUGAUUCUAUCGACGGUGAUGGAAAUAUUGAAAUACCUGCUCAUCUCUUAAUAACUGAUGAGAAUGAUCCAAUUCAAGGUUUGAUUGACUUUGUAUAUCCUUCAGUUCUUCAUCGUUAUAAAGACCGUGACUACUUUUCUGAGAGAGCUAUACUCGCUCCUAAGAAUGAAGUUGUUCAUGAGAUAAAUGACCAUUUGCUUGAUUUGUUUCCCGGUGAAGAAGUUGAGUAUCUUAGCUCUGAUAGUUUAUGUCCGACUGAGGAAAUCAACGAUCCGUUACAUCAAGAUUUGUAUAAUCCAGAUGUGUUAAAUAGUGUAAAAGUAUUAGGGUUACCAAAUCAUAGAUUGGUAUUAAAAUUGGGCGUUCCGGUUAUGCUUUUGAGGAAUAUUGAUCAGCAAAACGGUUUGUGCAAUGGUACGCGUCUUCAAAUCACACGUCUUGGUAAACGUGUUAUUGAGGCUGAGAUAUUAUCAGGAAGUAAUGUUGGAUCAAGAACUUACAUCCCAAGAAUCAGCAUGAUACCAUCUGACAAGAAAAUACCCUUCAAAUUUCAACGAAGGCAAUUUCCAAUAACCGUAUGUUUUGCGAUGACUAUUAACAAAAGUCAAGGACAAUCUCUAUCUAGAGUUGGUAUAUACCUGAGAGACCCCGUGUUCUCACAUGGUCAGCUUUAUGUUGCGUUGUCGAGGGUAAAGACUAAGGAUGGCGUUAAGGUUUUAAUAUUCGACAAAGAUGGGAGGCCAACAAAUAAAACUGCAAACGUUGUUUACAAAGAAAUAUUUGGGAAAUUGUAG